UUUCAACAUUAGCAAAUAAAGUAGACCAUUGCAUAAUAAGGGACUUCCCAAGUCAAACUUUGCUAGUACUUUCGGUUUCGUUUUGUUGAAAAGGAUUGCUGAAACAAAAACUCACUGCAGUUGGUAUCAUGGCCGUUGGUGUUGUUCUUCUGUCAGAUGAUUUUUCAGAGUCAGAUAGGGAUGAGAUUGCCAGUGUUUUGAAUGCAGAGAAAUAUGUGAAUACCAUUAUUUUGUUAGGAUCGAAAGUUCCAACCGAUUUCCUUUCACAGAUGGCAGAAGCCACGCUGAAAGAUCGGCCCGUGGAGAUACAGUGCACGGAUUUGAUUUCUGGAUUUCAUUUAGCAAAAAACAAACUUGAUGGUGUAAUGUGUCCUUAUAUAAAGAUUAUUUGUAAACGUAAACAAGAACUAACUCUUCUUAGUCAAGUCUUCUUCACCCCAGCAGUACAGUGGAAUGUCAAAGUAAUUGGGGAACCUAUAGCUACUUCCAAUGAUCGAGAUACUGUGGAGAGUACGACUGAAAGAGUUCGAGAUUACUUACGCAGAAUAAACACCUCAGAUGACGUGAGAAUCCUUCAGUCAAGACUGAUACCAGGUGAUUUAUUUUACCAUGGUUUCAGCACACGAACAGGAGGGCUAUCCUGUAUUCCUGGAAUGAAGUCCAUGAACAUGGUCUAUACGACAGCAAAGCGCGACCCGCUUGUUCUAAUUCAAGAAAACAGGCGUCGUCUGGGGUCCAAAGCUGGUUUUGAUGUGGACAAACUGUUCAUUGCAAAAGCAGUGCACGGAAACACAGUGUAUGAAAUAGGGGCGGACCUUCCAGAAGAAUGUUAUGACGGAGUCACCAGCAAUAAAUCUGGGGUCACUUGUGCAGCCCCUGGCGCAGAUUGUGUCAUCAUUCUCUUUGCAGACCCUGUUCGACGUGCUUUUGCAGCCGUUCACUCGGGGUGGAAAGGCACCGUAGCAAGAAUUCCUUCAGUGACGGUGAAAGCUUUGAAGGAUAAGUUCGGAAGCCAAAGUAAAGAUAUUCUGGCUGUUAUGGGACCGUCUAUUUGCAAAAACUGCUUCGAUUUUGGCAAGGAUGGUGUAAAACAAUUUGAAGACAUCAAUCCUCGAUGUGUCUUAAACAAAAAUGCUGAAGAAAAUCCCACAGUGGACUUAAAACUGGCAAUUCGUACUUUGCUGGAAGAGGAAGGAGUUUUGCCAGAGCAUAUUGAUGACACGACUUCAUGUCCAUGUACGGUCGAAAACCCAGAACUGCUUUUCUCCUAUCGGAGAGACGGUCGUCCGUUUGGGAACCAGAUUGGAUUUAUUGGACUUAGGUCAUAAUCUCGAUAAACGUCUUUAUAUACACGCACAUUAUAGCAUAUGGUACAUUUAAGAUGAUAACAUAGAUUAUAUAAAUUAGCCAAAAAAGAAA